UAAAAUUAAAUUAUAGUAAGUUUUUUGGGGGUAAAAAAAGGGGGAAAAUUAUACAGUUUCAACGAUCGAGCGCGGCUACUUCCCUCCUCUUCUCCUCAUUCCUCAGUUAUUAGAUCUUUCUGUUCUCUCUACCCGAGAUCUGGGUUUAUUUUUGAGGAAUUUGUGAAAAGAAAGCAAAUCAGAUGGCCGCUCCACCCGCCAGAGCUCGAGCUGAUUAUGAUUAUCUCAUCAAGCUUCUCUUGAUCGGCGACAGCGGUGUGGGUAAGAGUUGCCUUCUUUUACGUUUCUCUGAUGGUUCUUUCACCACCAGUUUCAUUACCACCAUUGGGAUUGAUUUCAAGAUAAGAACUAUAGAGCUUGAUGGGAAAAGAAUCAAGCUGCAAAUUUGGGAUACUGCUGGGCAGGAGCGAUUUCGCACUAUCACCACUGCUUACUACCGUGGAGCAAUGGGUAUAUUGCUGGUGUAUGAUGUUACUGAUGAGUCAUCUUUCAACAACAUUAGGAAUUGGAUCAGAAACAUCGAGCAGCAUGCUUCUGACAAUGUCAACAAGAUAUUGGUGGGAAACAAGGCUGACAUGGAUGAAAGCAAAAGGGCUGUUCCCACCUCUAAGGGUCAGGCACUUGCUGAUGAAUAUGGAAUCAAAUUUUUUGAGACAAGUGCUAAGACAAACAUGAAUGUGGAGGAGGUUUUCUUCUCAAUUGCUAGGGACAUAAAGCAAAGACUUGCGGAAACAGACUCAAAGGCUGAGCAACAAACAAUAAGGAUCACCCAGCCAGACCAGGGAGCUGGGGCUUCCCAAGCUGCUCAAAAAUCAGCUUGCUGUGGUUCUUGAGCAAAAUCCCAUGACUAAGACAGGUGGCUAGAUGCACCCCUUUAAAUUGACCAUUUUGACAAAGGAAUGAAUCUUUGCAAUUACAGUGUUGAUGCUGCUUGUAUUCGGUAUCCCUCUAAUUAUUUUCAGAUUCCUAUGCCAUUGUGUUUUAUUUGCACGUCUUUGUUAAAAGGAAUUAUUGUUAGUAUAUAUGCCUUACUUCUGAACUGUACUUGAAUCUGAAGCAAUUGAAUUGCUCUAUAAACUAAGUUGCAAUUUUUUUUU